AUGAAAAAAAGCGUAAUUAAAAUUCUGAUCGCCGUAGGCAUUGUUGCAGUAGUUUAUUUCGUAUUGAGACACUACGGUAUAACAGACGAGGUGCGGUUAGAAAAUGUUCCGAAAAUCAAAACAUGGGUUGCAAGUUUUGGGGCAAUUGCACCGUUAGUCUAUAUUGGGCUUUAUCUUGUUUCCACUGUCUUUUUUCUGCCUGGUUCCCCGGUAACCGUGUUAGCAGGUUUCGUCUUCGGACCCUUGUGGGGUGUAUUCUACGCCUCCAUAGCCUCUAUUAUCUCGGUCUCUGUCGCAUUCCUCAUUGCCCGCUACGUCGCUCGCGAUCUUGUUGAAAGAUGGGUCAAGGGUAACGCACAAUUCCGCAAGAUAGAUGAACAGGUUGAUGAACAGGGGUGGCGUAUCUUGAUGUUUACACGCUUGGUCCCAAUUUUUCCGUUUAACCUUCAAAAUUACGCCUAUGGACUCACCAGCAUUCGGUUUCCAAUUUAUGUUCUCGUCUCUGCUAUUUUUAUGUUACCGGGGACAAUAGUACUCGUUCAACUCGGAGGCGCGUUUGUCAGCGGCGAAGGCAACUUUUGGAAGACUGCGAUCUAUCUCGGAAUUGCCGGUGUGCUUUUGCUUGCGCUAUCGUUGAUUCCGAAAUUUCUACGAAAGCAUCAAACAAAAUUGUAA